AUUACUGGUUCCGGAUCAACGAUUUUGGGCCCAAUGUGAGUUUUGCCGGCCAGCUUUGCCGCUGCCGCUGCAGCAAAAACAGCCGUUGUGGCCAUCACGUCCACGAGAAACCUUUCUGUAUCCGCAAUGGCGUUCUCUGCGUGUUCUACCCUCUGCAGCUGUUCCCUGGUACGCAAUUCCCAACGGCUCACGAUUCUAUCUCCUCCCACCGCCGCCAGUGGCUCUUUCCAUUUUCCCAAAUGGAAAAUAUCGCAGUUAAAUCGCAGCAAACACGAUCCUUUCGAGUUCUUAUUGUUUUCUACUAUUACCAGUCGCUCAUUGUCCUUCGCCAGAGCGGCUGCCGCAAGCAGCAGCGGUGGCGCGAUUGGUGAUCCCGAUAAGAAAGAACUGAAACUAAAAGAAGACGUAGUAGAAUAUGUUGAGGAAGAACUACCCUGGAUACAAGAGAAGGCAUUGGAUAUUGUUGAAUUUACAGGUUCCGUCACGGAGGCCAUUCCUGGGCCUCGUGUAGGCCGGAGCUCGUUGCCAUGGAUUCUUGCUGUGCCAUUGGCUUAUUUUGGGGUCACUUUUGUUAUCGCCUUCGUCAAGACCGUCCGGAAGUUCAACUCCCCUAAAGCGAAGCGUCGGAAAUUGGUGAAUAAAAAUGUCUUUCUGUGCAAAUCAAUUGAUGAGCUAUUUGAGAAAGGAAGACAGCACGUUGAUGAUGUAGAGUUGAAAAAACUGAUGCAAAAGACAAAUUUUGAUGUGGCGAGUAUUUUUCGCAAAUAUAUUCGAUAUGCCUUGAAUGAGAAGCCUUUUAACCCAGAUUUGGUAGCUGAUCUAAUUCAACUUAGGAAGGCCUCACUGUUAAGUGAUUCUCAAGUAGCUGGAAUUCUGAAUGAAACCUCAAGACGUAUAGUGAAAGACAAAGGACCCGUUGUCAUGGACAUGUCAGGCUAUUCUGAAAAGGGCUUCAAGAGAAAACUUGCAGUGCAAACUCUAUUUGGAAAGAUUUAUUAUUUGUCAGAGUUGCCAGAGUUUUGUUCGAGGGGUAGCUCCUUAACUGUUAAAGAACUAUUUGGGGUAGCAGAUGAGGAUGCUGAAAAGCUUAGGUUGCAUACUAUCUCAGACGUUGGGAACAUGGAAACACUGGAAAAGAUGGUCAAUGGCUCUGAUUCAGAAGAUUCAAAUGACGAGUGACAAGUCAUCUAAUACUUCUUAACCUGACCUUAUAUUGGAAAAGUUCAGUGAUAAGUUUAAAAAGCAAGCAAUGAUGAUUUAUCCAAAUGAUGCAGAGCGGUUGUUAAAUAGUUUUCCUUUCUAUUUUAUGUUUCAUUUUUGUUGAUUCUCCAAUUCAAACUGAAACAGUGGUAUGCCUCUUUUGCAGUUGAUACAAAAACACAAUUUUAUAUUAAUAUCACCGGACAGUGUUUCCUUUAAACACAAGUGUGCGAGUGUAGCCAGAUAGAGUGACCAAAUGAAGAAAAUGCUGCCAUUGCUACACCGCCAAGCCUUAUGCCCCUACAGCUUGAGCGGGCGAUUUGCAGACCACAUAGCAAAAAAGGAAUUAAUACCUUUAAAUGUAGCACUUAAAUUUAUAAUGUUUAUCCAGCAGCAAAUCAACAACAACAAUCCAAGUCCAUUAUUGCAGAAAACAUCCUGUUGCAUCUUACUCCAUGUCAACAUUGUGUUGUUUUCCUCCAGUCAUACACUCAUACUAGAGCUUUCUGAAGUGCAUGAGCCCUUUUUUAUUCAAAGAGGUGCCUUUUUAACUGGGAUUUAGAAUGCCUUUGCCUUGUAAGUCAUGUUGUCCAUGUGUCGUGUGCAACUAUACAAGGGUGGAAAAUGGAAAUAUAGGUUGACAUGGUUUGUUUCUGAUUUCGAUUUUCGACUGGUCGAUUUUAGUUCAUUGAAGUAGCACCUUAAAUGGAAUCAAUAUGAUUUUGUUAAGGUUAAAUAGAUUGUUCUUGAUAUG